GCGAGCGGGGAUGUAGAGGUGGGAUUGAGAGGAGAGAGAGCUGGGGGAACCCACGCGUUCAGCCUCUCAGAGAGUACGCUUCUCUCUAAUCAACUGACGCCCAAACAUUUUUCUUUUCUUUUGUCAUUUAUUAGUGAGCAGCGGCCACACUGUUGGAUUGUGUAGCCCGAGAAGAACCUCUUUUUCCCGUAGCCUUUCUUUUUGUCACCACUCGCCAGCACGCAGGAGCCGGAGCGCUCGGACUGUGGCAGCCCUCCCCUUCUGCUGGGAUCCGUUUUGUUGCAGAUGUCCAUGGCAGACCGUGGAUGAGGGCAGAGUCGUAGUGCGGUCCCUGGGCCCUGGAGCCUGUCUUUCCACCACACUGACCCCUGGAGGUGAGCGACUCACUCACCAGCGCAGAACGGACGCAGCGGAGGGUCCCCCCCUUGCUUACCCCUGCCCCCUCUCCACCCUCACCCCCGUCCCGGACACGUACGCUCUGGACCAUGUCUAGCGGGCUGUCGGAGGGGGGCCGCACAGAUGAGCUGGACAAAGGCAGCGGUAAAGCGGACUCUCCCGUUUUAGAGCGGAGGAACCGCAGUGGCAUCAUCAGCGCUCCUCUGAACAAGAGCCUUAAGAACUCUCGCACCUUGUCCCAGUACACAGCCGUUUCCUCGGCCACCACCAAUGGACACACGGACAGUAGUGAGAGUAAACCCAAGCCCCCUGCGACCCCGGCUGUCCAGCCCACUGUCUCUGCUCUGACAGCGGGUAAGUUGGACCGCACCUUAGAGCAGGUUCUGGAGGGACAGAAUGGCUUGCUGCACUUUGCCCAGGCAGCGGCCUUGCUGAAGCGAGCUGGGAUGGAGCACAUGCUGCUGCCCGGGGGCAUGGGAGUGGGACUUGGGGACGCGAGCUCUGGGGCGAGCGACUUGGAGGGUACGUCUGUGCCGGACGCCGUGGGGGGUCCUGUGGACUUCCCAUAUGGAGUAGGGGGUGGCUUCCCCUUCAACCCGGGGCUGUUCAUCAUGACGCCGGCCGGAGUGUUUCUGGCGGACAGCGCUCUGCACAUGGCGGGCCUGGCUGAGUACCCAGCUCAGAGUGAGCUGGCCUCUGCCAUCAACUCCGGUAAAAAGAAGAGGAAACGUUGUGGCAUGUGCCCACCCUGCCGGCGGCGCAUUAACUGUGAGCAGUGUAGCAGCUGCCGAAACCGCAAAACUGGCCACCAGAUCUGCAAGUUCCGCAAAUGUGAGGAGCUGAAGAAGAAGCCCUCUGCUGCUCUGGAGGUGAUGCUUCCUACGGGAGCGGCGUUCCGGUGGUUCCAGUAGGACUCUUCCUCCUCCUGCGCUCCCUUCCCAAAGCUCUGCCAUCAAGUGCAAUGCCAACUCUUGGAUUGUCUCCAGAAAUAGACACUGGCUAAUAAACUAAAAUAAGACAAAAAGAAGAGAAAGAAAUGUUUAAAAAAUUACGAAAAACUGUUUGGUAAUGGAUGCACCUACUUAUUCCUUGAACCAAAAAUGAAUCGUAAAAAUGCAUCUUUGGCGACAUUCAUUCCCUUUUUCUAUUUUGGUACAUUUUUGUCUCGUUUUCCAGCAUUUUUUUUCAGUUGCUUCAAACAUAAAAUGGAAACCGAGUUCGGACAAUCAGUCAACUAAUUUCUGUGUUUGGUGUUCUUGUUGUUCAUGUGUGGAAAAGAACAGUACUUGUGUAGAGAAUGUAAAUUUACAGCUCUAUUUUAAAAAACCUUUGUGGCAAACCUUGUUGUAAUUCUUCAACAAAUUUCAUUUUGUCCAAUUUAAUUUUCAGAUUGAUUGCAGGUUGGGAAUGUUGUAGAUUUGGGAUUGACUUUGGGUUGAAGACAUGAGCGGGUUGUCACUACUGUAAUGUCCUUAAUCAGCCCAUCUCUGCAUUUCCAAAACGUAUUUUUCUUUGUAAAACUGGCAGCCUUAUGUUUCUAUACAGCCCCAAUGAGCAUGUGCCAACACUGCUCAGGGCAAAAGCACUAAGAGACAGCACUUGAGUCUCCUCUACUGAACGCACUGACGACAUUUUAUUAUUGGUUGUUUUCAUUGUUUUUUUUAUGUUGCUGGAUAGCUACAGCUUUUAAAAAUAACUUUGUAUUUGUUUAGAAAAUUGGACUGGUUUUGUGAAUAAAAAGGAAUGCAUGUAUUUGUGUCAAAAUUUACAAUGAUGUUUGUCUAGCCUACUUGUCCUUUUGCAUGUAUUUUCUUUUUUUUUCUUU